AAACACUUUCUCCCACAGAACCACUUCUCCUACUACUUCAUCCAUCACUGAAAAGCCACUUCUGCUGCUUCUUCAUCGUCGCAGGAGAGAGAGAGAGAGAGAGAGAGAGAGAGAGAGAAUGGCUUCUUCUGUAGUUCUGAAAACCAGUUUCCUCCCAUUGCUCCAUUCUCAAGAUGGGUAUUCUUCUUUGAAUCCUUUAAGCGCGACCAUAAGUACCUCUCUUGCAACCAAAAGGCAAAAGUUUUGUCAGGCGACAGCAAGUUGGGACAACAGUCAUGCAAUUGACAACAACAUCCUCAGAAACGAAGUGAUCCAGCAAGCCCAAGAGGAGAAUGGACAGUUCGUAAAAGCCCUGAAUUUCUCCGGAGAGAAGCCCUUCACUCCAAUCUUAGACACCGUUAACUACCCUAUUCACAUGAAGAAUCUCUCCCUUCAGGAACUUGAGAAGUUGGCAGAUGAACUCCGAGAAGACAUAGUGUAUACGGUGUCGAAGACUGGAGGUCACCUGAGUUCAAGCCUAGGAGUAGCCGAGCUAACUGUUGCACUUCACCAUGUAUUCAACACACCUGAAGACAAAAUCAUAUGGGAUGUUGGACAUCAGACAUACCCACAUAAGAUAUUGACUGGUAGGAGAUCAAGAAUGCACACCAUACGACAAACGUGUGGGCUAGCAGGUUUCCCAAAGAGGGAGGAGAGUGUACAUGAUGCUUUUGGAGCUGGCCACAGUUCUACUAGCAUUUCUGCUGGCUUAGGGAUGGCGGUGGGAAGGGACUUGUUGGGGAAGAACAACCAUGUAAUCUCGGUGAUAGGCGACGGAGCGAUGACGGCAGGACAAGCAUACGAGGCCAUGAACAAUGCAGGAUACCUUGACAGCAACCUCAUUAUCAUAUUGAAUGAUAACGGCCAGGUUUCUCUGCCCACAGCCACCGUUGACGGCCCUGCCCCUCCUGUUGGAGCUCUAAGCAAAACCCUCACCAGACUGCAGUCGAGUAGAAAGAUCCGUCAACUACGCGAAGCUGCAAAAGGCAUCACCAAGCAGAUAGGAAGCCAGACACACAAAAUUGCGGCCAAAGUGGAUUCGUACAUGCGAGGGAUGGUUGCUGGAUCUGAGGGUUGUUUAUUUGAGGAACUUGGAUUGUACUAUAUUGGUCCUGUGGAUGGCCAUAAUGUGGAAGACCUAGUUCGUAUCUUGAAGAAGAUCAAGGCCAUGCCUGCCCCUGGUCCAGUUCUCAUCCACAUUGUAACAGAGAAGGGAAAGGGAUAUGCUCCUGCUGAAGUCGCAGCUGAUAAAAUGCAUGGAGUGGUGAAGUUCGAUCCAAAGUCAGGGAAGCAAUUCAAGGCCAAACCAAAGACCCUUUCAUACACUCAGUACUUUGCGGAGUCCUUAAUUGCAGAGGCAGAGAGUGAUGACAAGGUAGUAGCCAUUCAUGCUGCAAUGGGUGGAGGAACUGGGCUGAAUCUGUUUCAGAAACACUUCCCGGAUAGAUGUUUCGAUGUUGGAAUCGCAGAACAACAUGCUGUGACCUUUGCUGCUGGUCUAGCCACUGAAGGUCUCAAGCCCUUUUGUGCCAUUUACUCUUCUUUUCUACAGAGAGGUUACGAUCAGGUAGUUCAUGAUGUGGAUCUUCAAAAGCUCCCAGUGAGAUUUGCUAUGGACAGGGCCGGCCUUGUUGGUGCAGAUGGUCCCACCCAUUGCGGAGCUUUUGACACCACUUUCAUGGCUUGUUUACCAAACAUGGUGGUGAUGGCUCCUUCUUGUGAGGCUGAACUCACGCACAUGGUGGCCACAGCUGCAGCCAUUGAUGAUAGGCCUAGCUGCUUUAGGUACCCUAGAGGCAACGGCAUUGGCUCCAUUCUUCCACUGAACAACAAAGGCAUCCCUUUGGAGGUUGGAAGGGGAAGAGUGGUAAGAGAGGGAAGCAGGGUGGCCAUUUUGGGCUACGGAACAAUAGUCCAAAACUGUCUAGCAGCCGCACAGCUGCUUCAAGCGCUUGACAUUUCAAUAACUGUGGCCGAUGCAAGAUUUUGCAAACCUCUUGAUGGGAAUUUGAUAAGACAACUAGCUCAAGAGCAUGAGGUUCUUAUCACUGUGGAAGAAGGAUCCAUUGGAGGUUUCAGCUCUCAUGUCUCCCAUUACAUGGGGUUGAACGGAUUGCUUGAUGGAAAUCUCAAGUGGAGAGCUAUGGUUCUUCCAGACAGAUACAUAGACCAUGGAGCACAUGGAGACCAGAUUGAAGAGGCUGGACUCAGUUCCAAACAUAUUGCUGCCACUGUUUUGUCCCUCGUGGGCAGCAAGGAGAGCCUCCGUCUUCUCAACUUAUAGAGAUUUCCGUUAAGAAAAAAAGAGAGCUCAAACUAAGCACUUUGCAUGCUCAAUCAUCUGGGAAUAGUUCUCUUAUUCCCUGUAAAUAAAUGAAAGGGAACGUGGUGGUAUCAGUUGAAAACCCCGCGUUUUGUACAACUCAUAUAUGAUGUAACUAUGUUUAUAAACCUUGCUUUUGCAUUAUCUAUACUGAAAUUUCUAUUUUGCUACC